CCCUAGGGAGGUGUUUCCUUACAAACAAAAGAUCGUUGGAUUAUUCCUCUAACUUGUGGAUGUAUCCCUAGAAAGUACGCAUCUCAAGGAAAAUACUCUUUGAAAAAGGACUUAUUUUAAAAACGGUGAGAAACAUCUAAGGAUUAGGUGACAUUAAGGACACUUAAGAUUGUUGGAUAUCGAGACAAAACACUCUUUUAUCCUAUGGACAGCAUUAUUGUGUAUAUUGUCGUGUGCGAGUUUUGCUCUCUGAAUGUGUUCACUGUUGUAAGAACACAGAAGAGUUUGGCGUUCUUACACCAGUGUUUAUUUAUUCUUUAAUCUGCACAUCUUAGUUAGUGUGACUUUGCCGAAGAGGCAGAUUGUUACAACAUAUUUAGAAACGGUCAUUGUUUUUGCAAUUCUGUUUGAUCCUGCAACUGGUACAGAUAUCAGACACUUGGCCUUUAAUGUGCAACUAUCAGUAAGCCAUUUCUAGGUUGACUUCUUGUUUAAACACUGUGGUGCUUACAUAACCACAUUGGAUCAACCAGUGGUGUGAGUUUGGGGUGGGACUACCUGUUUGAACCUGCUCUACCUUUCUCUUUGUCCUCUACAUUUUAAAAAAUUAUUGAUUUUUCCCCACAUGACAUUGCUCUUGUUAUCAUUUGUAUGCUUGUUAAUGAUUAUACCUGAUAGUAUAUGGUUGAGGCAGACUGAGUGAACACACAUUCUGUCGCUGAUAACCAUGAGGUUCAUAGCCUUUCUCCUUUCUCUGCUAACUGUGUUUGGCCCUGCAAAAUGUGGGAAUAUUUUAGUCUGGUUUACUGAGGCCAGUCAUUGGAUUAAUCUGAAAAUUGUAUUGGAAACGCUGAUGGACAAAGGACACCUUGUAACUGUACUGAUGCCAAAUGCCACUCUUUACAUGGAUGUCAGAGAAACUGAUCGCUUCUCCUACCAGCAUUUUAAUGUGUCCAUCUCUGCAAAUGAACUUCAGGAUCACAUUGAAAAACUUCUGCACUUCACCAUGUAUGAGAUGGAUCAGUUAAACCUUCUGCAGGUUCAUAUCAAGUUUUAUGAGAUUUUCUCCAAAGAUCAGGACAUCUGUCUUUUAUACUGCGAUGGAAUUUUGAAAUCUUCAGACUUGAUGGACAAAUUGCGGCAUGGGAAGUUUGACGUCAUGCUUGCCGACCCAAUCUAUGCUUGCAGUGAGAUUUUAGCUGAACAGUUGAAAAUUCCCUUGGUGUACACAUUCCGAUUCUCCAUCGCUCACACUGUAGAGCGGAUGUGUGGUCAGAUACCGGCUCCACCAUCAUAUGUUCCUGGAGCCAUGAGUAAACUCACAGACAAGAUGAGCUUUACUGAGCGAAUCAUCAACAUGCUCUUCUACCUUUCUCAAGAUGCUUUGGCCAUAAGUCUGUGGAAGAAAUUUGACAACUACUACACUGAAUAUUUAGGACGACCCACCUCAUAUUGUGAAAUGAUGGCAAAAGCCGAUAUCUGGUUAAUCAGAACUUACUGGGACUUUGAGUUUCCGCGACCAUUCUUGCCCAACUUCAAAUACAUAGGAGGGAUUCACUGUACCCCUGCCAAACCUUUACCCAAGGAUAUGGAGGCAUUUGUGCAGAGUUCAGGUGAUGAUGGGAUAGUGGUGUUCACUCUUGGAUCCAUGAUAAACAACAUUACCAAAGAGAGGAGCAAUACGAUCGCCUCUGCACUGGCACAAAUACCUCAGAAGGUCUUAUGGAGAUACGCUGGAGAGAAGCCAGAGACUCUUAGUGGGAACACCAGAAUCUAUGACUGGAUCCCUCAGAAUGAUUUACUGGGUCACCCCAAAACUAGAGCUUUCAUCACUCAUGGUGGCACAAAUGGCAUAUAUGAGGCCAUAUAUCAUGGUGUUCCAAUGGUGGGGAUUCCCUUGUUUGCGGACCAGCCAGAUAAUUUGGUCCAUAUGAAGGCCAAGGGGGCUGCUGUUAUCAUGGACUUCAACAGCAUGCAGACUCAAGACCUGGUGGACGGACUCAACGCUGUCAUUAAGGACCCCUCGUACAAAGAGAAUGCCAUGCAUUUGUCCAGGAUUCAUCAUGACAGACCAAUUAAGCCUUUGGAUGAGUCAGUGUUCUGGAUAGAGUUUGUCAUGCGUAAUAAGGGUGCUAAACACCUGCGUGUGGAGGCCCAUAACCUUACCUGGUACCAGUACCAUUGUCUGGAUGUGUUCGCUUUUCUCAUCACUAUAGUGACUGUAGUCCUCUAUAUCUUCUAUAAAAUGUGUAAAUACUUCAUAAUGCGUUGCUGUUUUAGAUCAAAGCGUAAAAGCAAAAAAGAGUGAUUAAUCUUCUUUCUUCUUUGAAUAUUCCUUGUGCUAAAUACAGACUACAUGCUUGAUUAAUGUUGAUAAUUGUGCUCUAGUUCUGACUAUGCAUGAUCAGUAAGCAAUACUUUGCUGCCUCCAGUGGACAUAACAGGUUCAGUAGUGUAGUCUUGGGCAUACGCAGGCAUACGUCGUAUGCCAUCUAUCUUUCUUAGAAAUUUACAUAUGCCCACCUAAAAUAAUUGAUGAUACGUAUGGCCACCAGAACAAUGAGUAGGCUUUUGACCCGGAGCUUUUUCAAUCUACUAACGCAAGCACCAUUGAGUGUACAGAGAUUCUCUCUAAAUGCGCACUUAGCUGCGGGAGGUGGGAGCGCAACUAUGGAUGGGCAGAUCGAUCCUAAAAUAUCGAUACUUAUGAUAAUGAUGUUAUAUCAAAUAAUCGAUCUCACUCAAAAAUGUCACUAUAUAAAAAUGUAUAGGGAUAUUAUUAUUUGGUUACCAUGAACAAUAAUCAUAAGCUUCAAAGCGAAGGCUAUAUUAGCAAAUACUUGUGCAGGAUGGGAACUAUUUCUUCUUCCGCUCAUCUUAACACACAUGCUGAAAGACACAAACAUACAAGCGCUUCCGUCACAAGGCUCGUUCAAACGAGGGAUCAGUGACUUGUAGAGGUAAUGAUAGAAAAUCUGAGAAACAACAACUGGAGUAAAUUCACACUAAUAUAACAACAUAUCUAAAGUGACAUUUCCCAUUUUCUCCCAAGAAAUCAUGCAAAAAAAAAAAAAAAACAUUAAUAGAAGUAUCGGUAUUGGUAUCGAUGAUAUUGGACUGGAAAUUAUUGGUAUCGGAUUGAAGAGAAAAUAAUUGGUAUCGUCCAUCCCUAGAUGCACAGGCAAGACAGAUGCGUUGUUAUUUUAUUUCUCCACCCAUUUUCUGCAUUCGGAUUGGCUACUAAGAGCUACUCGCGAGCAGUCUGCGAUUGAGCAGCUGAGAAGUCAUUCAAACAAACAGCCACUAAGUUCAAAGUUCAGUAUGAAUUAUAAAUGGUUAAUUUUAGACAAGACAAAACAAUCACAUGCAUAUAAAUAAGCUGUUUACUGCUUUGUCGAUUAAUAUUAUAAUUGGGGCAAUGUAACAUUGCAACUUCCUGUGUGUGUGUGUGUGUGAGUGUGAGAGAGAGAGAGAGAGAGAGAGAGAGUGUGUGUGUGUGUGUGUGUGUGUGUGUGUUUAUAAUCUCUUCUGUCCUAUACAACUGAUAGACCUAUUUAUUAUACAGUAUAUUCCAUAUGGCUAAAUAUAUGAUAUGUAACCAAAAUGUUCACUACUUUUCUAUAAGUUAUAUCAUUAAUUAAUUCUACAAUUCAUUUUUUUUAUUAAAAAAUAUAAUAUUUCAAAUUAACAGUUAGAACAAAGUAAUAGUUCACCCAAAAAGGAAAAUGCUCUCAUCAUUUACCCUUAUGUCAUCCCAGAUGGGUAUGGCUUUCUUUCUUCACCAGAACACAAAUAAAGAUUUAUUUAGAAGAAUAUUUCAGCUCUGUAGGUCUAUACAAUAAUGAUUUGAUUUGAUUUACAAUUACAUGAUAUUAUUUUUUCUUUUGUUCAGUCAAUACAAAUUUCCGUACAUUUAUUCUGUACUCUUUUUUUAUCUAAAACUGAUUUUCUGCACAUUCCAUCUCUAUGCAAUAAUGUAUUUCUUUUCCAUAGCAUUCUCAGAAAAGUCUGAAAUAGUUAAAUAUAAAACAAAUACAUAGGCCUAUUCUUUCAUGGGAAGUGAUCGUUACCUUGAUAUUUUACAUUCUAAUAUUUGGCAUACAGUGAAACCAUACUGUAGAUGGGACCCAGGCAAAAUCGGUUUGUCAUAGGGAAAAAUCAUUCAUAUCACUCAUUAUUGUUCAAGACAUAGCGAUGUCACAUAUAACUAAUUAUUUUCUUUCCAGUACAUUUAUUCAGCCAUUAACUAUUAAUAAUAAAAAACAAAUAAUUAAAAACGUUUUUCUACUGUCAUAAUGGCAAAGUGUCAGAAGUUAGAAUCACUCAAACGCCUUAUCUUGAAGGUGGAUAAGAUAACCAUUCAAUAAGAAAGCGUUGUCAAUCAAGCUGGUGACAUAUAGACAACUGUCGUCCAAACAUUUGACGUCUAAUUGUUUGGUAGGAUGCGUCCUCGGGAGGUCGCAUUUCUCGGACACAUACGUCAUCGCGGCUGUUUGGAAAAGCGAGUAGGACACUUUGAAUGCAGCCUUCGAAUGUGACCUUCGUGUAUCCUUCCUAGGUACACACAACCAGGCACGGCGUUAUGGGUGGGCCUGACGGGCCUAGGCCCACCCACUUUUCAACAGGCCCACCCAAAACUUUUCUUCAAAAUUUUUUUGUCAAGAAUUAUAAAAUAAAAAAUCGCCAAUUAAGCUCAUAAUUUGUGCUAAAAUAGUCUAAAUGUUUAGUUUUAAAAACAAUUUUAAGCUGGUUAUGUCUAUUUUGAUGUUUCUGCGCAAGUUCAGCAGACAGUGUUCGGGUUUGUUCCGAUCAGAGCAUGUGAGCGGAGAGCGCAUUUCUGAAUAUUCCGCUCUGCUCGCUCAUUCUGCAGGGUCGCUCGCUCAACCCAGAAUGGCCUGCUGGUUCGAACUUCGAAGAUAUGUGGAAUAAGGCCUCCGACUAUUUUUUUCCCCCCUAGUCGACUAAGCCAUUAGUGGACAAAUCGCCUCUUUAUAUUAAUUUAAUUAGGCUACUAGGGCAGGCUAUACGCUAUAGCCUAGUAUGGAAGCUUGUUUCCGCCAUAGAAUAGCCUAAAACAUUUUAAAAGAUAAUUGCGACUUUUUAUAUUGCAAUUCUGACUUUAUUUCUCAGAAUUGCGAGAUAUAAAAUCAGAAUUUCGUGAACUAAAGUCGCAAUUGCAUGAAAUAAAGCCGCAAUUGCAUGUUAUAAAGUCAGAAUUGCAUGAAAUAAAGUCGCAAUUGCUUCUUUUCUUUUUACCCAUAGUUUAUAUCUCACAAUUCUUCUGACUUUGUAACACGCACUUUAUAUCAUGCAAUUCUGCCUUUAUAUCUCCCAAUUGCGUAGGCCUAUUAUAAAGUCAGAAUUGCGAGAUAUAUAAACAUGCAAUUAUGUGAAAAAAGCCAGAAUAUCAAGCUAUAUUUCUCGCACAUUAUAUCACGCAAUUUUGACUUAAUAGCUAACCUGCAAUUGCCACUUUAUAUCACGUAAUAAAGUGGCAUCUCUCAUCUCUCUCAUGCUGCAUGCUCACUUUCAUAAUCAACAUUGAUUAAAUUAAAAAACAUAAUGACGUCACAUAUUUUCCAACCCAGCGCAGCAACAGUGACACCUAUGGCCUCAUGGCAUCUGCUGCAAAAAAAGAGGAGAACAUCUCAAAAGUCUUGUAGAAGUGAUGGACAUAUGCAAUGGGGACGUUUUCCCGAAUAUCCAUACUUUCUUAAAAGCUCUGAUAACACUGCCAAUGACAUCUUGUACAGUUGAACGCGUCUUUUCCAGUGUCAACCGGAUUAAAACACCAAAUAGGAGCACCAUGCUUACUUCUCGCCUUAUGUCCCUCUGUCUGUUGACCUUUGAGAGAGAGCUUACAGUAACUCUCGACUUCGAUGAAAUCAUUGACAUUUUCAAGAGCAAACCCCGCCGACUACUCCUGUAAUUUCGGAAAGAUCGGUAGUGUAACGCAAAAUGGAGAUGUGGCUCAGAGGGGGGGUAGAAAAAAAACAAAAAAUCGGUGUCGGAGGGAAAGAUGCACGAAAGACGAUAGCGUAGCCUAUUUUCCCCGUGUUUAGUAAAAUUACUCAAACGUCACACUCGUCCACAAAUAUAAAAUGAAAUAAAAGAAAGAGUACAACGGUCGGUGGAGCGGUUAUCUCCUCACCUUUCAAAUCUAUUACUGACACGCACAUGCGCAGUUCUCAUUUUACCUCAGAUUAACAUAAAAGCACAAAGUGACCGUUACAGUAGCAUGCCCUUUCCUACUGCUCUGAUAAAUAAUUUGAUUUGCAAUGAAUAAAUAUUCUUCUCAUACUCUCUCUUCUUCCCUUUCCUUCACGUUUGGCAAUCUUUUAAGCCUGUCUGUUAGCGCAAAAAUAUGAGUGUCUUUUACUCAGUUGUUAUUUUUAGCCUGAUUAUUUUUUGGCUUCUGAAAUGUUUUUUGUUGUUGUUGUUUUUCUGCAAUGCAGAUAACUUUGUUCUGAUAUUGUGAUAUUGUAUAGGUUACAUUUUAAUACAUCUUCUCUGUAUAAUAAGUAAGUCUGUUGUUAAUGAAAUCGAAAAUAAAUAAAUGGACAGAUGACGUUGUUAA